AUGCCUCCGAUAUCCUCACAGCGACGCGCCCCUACCGAAGAGAACUCGCCCCUCUCAGACGAUGAUGUCGGAUUCCUUUACCAAGUCGUCAUUCGCGCUGAGGGCCAGCCCCAAGUCGAUCGCCUACCAUUCCGCGCACUUUUCGCAGCAUACGAUGAGGUUAUCCGCGAGCAUGACGCCGAUGCGGACCCGGGCCAUGCAUGCUUGCGGUUUCUGUUCAAGAUGGGAAGCAAAGACGUGCAUGGGCCGACCCUCUUCGACAAAUUCGAGAAUGCGCUCCAGCAGUUGGGAAUCGUGAUUGAGCUGGGUGAGGAGGGCUCUACGGGAUUCAACGAAACACUCGAGACGGGGCAUCACUCGGUUGAUAGUGCAUACAGUCAAACUGGCGAGCACGGCGACAAUGGCGCACGCGCUGAGGUUCCCCAAGUGAAUGGAGCUGCAACAACUCCGCGGAGACGCGCUUCAUUCAACACUACCAUCGACAUCGGCGAAGACAUAACCCAGAGAAGCUUUGUCGAGCGGCCGAGCUCUCGUUCAUCAAUGUCACGACUUCAGACUGGGAAACCCGAUUUCGCAGCGCCUAAGCUAUCGCCUAGGCCGAAAGCUCAACCCAAUAUUAACAAAUCACCUGAUCGCACGGAGUUGAUUUCCCAAUUCUUGGAAGUUGGUCAGCGUCUGAUUAGCCGGCUCGACUCGGCCAGAAAUAAAAAGACAGAAAAGCAGGAAGCUCCAUUGGCGAACGGAGUCGCCGCUCGCUCGGCUGUUCAUAAUGAUCGUUCUACGAGACUGACAGCUGUGUCAAAGCGCCAGCGUUCGCCUUCAAUGAGCUCAGCGGACAGUUCCGAGUCAGAUCAAUCUAGAUCCGCUGCUUCUCAGACCACAGAACAUGACUCUUUCGAGAAACCAGAGGCACCGCCUGAGCUACUGUAUCGCCCGCAACUCUCGGACCUGCUUCGAGAUGCGUCGACGUUCAAUAUGUAUAGACUACGGCCUCUUUGUCGUCGGAUUCUUUCGCAAUGGUUCAAAGGGACCUUUCAAGCGCGACAUAUUCGUCAGCAGAGGGAAGUCGUUGCUGUCAAUCAUGACCGAAGUACUCUGCUUCGGCAAGCAUUUGAACCAUGGCGGGGGAUUAUUCAAGAUAAGCGUCACACCGCCAGAACCGAACGUUUCUUCAAGCAUCUGGAUGAGCGCGCUAGUCGAGCCCGGGAUUUGUACCUGAUGACGAAAGCCUUCACCCACUGGGCCCAGCUUACAUCCGAAGAGGUUGCCCGGACGUCUGCGGCUCGACGUCAUAUUUUGAGUGUCAAAUACUUCAAUGCGUGGCGUGAGAUAACGGCAGUCAACGAGCUGAAGGCGCAGCGGUUUGCUCUGCAAAAGCCAUUCAAUAUGUGGCGCAAAAAAAUCACAGAUCUGAAGGCAGCCGAAGAUCACGCAGUAGCAAUUCACAACAACAACAUUCGGUAUGCCUCAUAUUGGCAAUGGUUUUGGUGUUUCUGUGAUCGUCGUGCCCCCGAAUGGUACGACCAUCGACUCAAACGGCGCUCCCUUCUUUACUGGCUUCGCAACUUUCGAACCAAUCGAGAGCGUGAUCACGAGAUCGCUGCUCAUAACAGACGGUCUGCUCUAUCAUCUGUGUUCCAAGCAUGGUCCCAGAGAUCAAAAACCAUUACGCUAGCCCACCAACAAGCCGAGUCCAUCGAUCACCAUCAUGCUUUGAGAGAGAACUUCGUUGAAUGGAAAAUCCAAUCUCAGCUAGCUCCUGCUGCUUCUCAGGUGUGCGAUAUGGUGGACACCAGGAUCUUGAGAAUCGCUCUCACGCAAUGGAUCUCAAAAGCACGCAUGGCGCAUCAAGCAGAGGAGAUGGACCAACUCAGACUCCAGCGCAAUACAUGGACAUCCUGGAAUGAUACCUUGCGUUGCCUUGCUCUGCAAGCACGGAUUGACGAACGACUGAAAAUGGAGACCAUAUACAAAUGGAUUCUGAUGGAAAGAUUUCAACUCAUGCGCAGGAUUCGUGAACGACGUAUCAAGCGCCAGAUUUUUUCUCGUUUUGUGACGAAUACGAGAGAUACCUACACACGUCUAUUAUUCCAUGCAGAGACUCACGAGGAUCAUCGCGCUGAAGACUUGGUGAAAUCUAAAUUUGCCAUCUGGCGGGAUCAGCUUGCAGUUCAGCGCGAGCGAGACUAUGCAGCUUUUGAGUUUUAUGUCCCGCGCCUCGCACAAGAGUCGCUCAUGGCUUGGAAGUCGAAGCAUGAACAGAUAGUCAAGAUGGAAGGUUGGGCUUCUGAUGCCGAGUUUUAUUUUUUGAUGAAAAGAUCCAUGAAACGUUGGCAUCAGGCUACACUCGAUUCUUCCAAGCGGCGACGGAAAGAAGCAUAUGCGAUGGUUCGGCGAAAGAUUAAGGUCAACAUGGCAUCUAAAGCAUUGACUAGUUGGUCUUCCGAAACUAGAGUAAUCAUGGAUAUGGAACAACAAGCAGAGAAUGUGAAUCGAUCCAAGUUGCUUCGGAUGGCGUCGGACAUUUUCUCGCGUUGGCAUGGUCAAAUGAUCAAAAGGUUCUCUGACUACCGAGAGGCCGACAUGCAUUAUUUCGGCCAAAUUGCCUUCCAUCAGUUGAUACAGAUGUCAGAGGAGUUUGUCAUUCGCCGUGAGAUGGAAGACCAGGCGGACUCGGUAUAUCGAUCUCAUAUGCUCCGUCAAGCAGGUGCCUCUCUCCGCAAAUUGAGUCUCCGCAUUUUCCAGAUGAGAAGCACGGUCGAGACCGCAGACGCAAUGCGAGAAAGGAAUCUUCGAAAGCACUCCAGAAAUCAUUUCCGCCACUGGGUCGACGAAGCUCGUAUCAAGCUCGAGGCUCGCGAUUCCGCAGGACCCGCCUUGACGCCUGCCCGUUUCUCGAGCUUUGAGGGUGGCAGUCGUCCGGGAUCUGCCUUGUUUGACCCCUGGUAUCAAAAUCCAUCGGAAACACCUUUCAAGAUGAGUGAAUUCACGACAGUCUCGCAAGAGCCGGUCUCCGCGAGCCCGUUGGCCACACCAAGCUAUAUGUCCUCGCCAUCCAAACGAGCUGCUCGAGCUCGGGCCCUUGCACAAAUUUCCACCACUCCCGCUACGCCCCUUCAUACUCCUUUCGCCAGUCGACUUCUCCGGGCUUCAAAUCCUGCUGCUCAAACAACCUCCUCCCUGCGGCCUCGCACGGGCCGCCGAAGUUCAAUGGGAACCAGUGUCCGAUUUGUGGACGAGGAGCUCCCCGAGUCUCCUACGGACGGCCGCAGAUCGGCAAAUCGACGACCCUAG